AGCGGCCCCCAGCCCGCCGGCGGGCAUGGCGCCUCCGGGCCCGGCCGAGGCGGCCGCCCGCCUGCGGGAGGCGGCGGCGAGGGACCCGCUGGCCGCCGACCUGCGCUGCAGCCUCUUCGCCGCGGCGCUGCAGAGCUACAAGCGCGACUCGGCGCUGAGGCCCUUCCCGGGCCGCUACGCGAGCGGCGGCAGCAAGGACUUCGAGGCGCUGCUUGCAGAUACAAAUGCUUUACCAAGCCUGAAAGAACUUCUAGAAUCUGUUCCAAACACUGAGAAAAGGACCUGGGAUUUGUUUAGUUGGAUUUUAUCAUCUAAGAUCUUGAUGAUACAAAGUAGUAAAAAGCAGGAGUAUGAGAAGAUCCGAGAACUCACUGGGAUGUCUGGUGCUGCUGUUCCUGCUCCGGACUUCCUGUUUGAGAUAGUGUAUUGUGAGCAAAUGAAUACCAAGUUUGCUGAAACCAGGGGAGAACGGGACCUCAUCUAUGCAUUCCAUGGGAGCCGCCUCGAAAACUUCCAUUCCAUCCUGCACAACGGCCUGCAGUGCCAUUUGAACAAGACAUCCCUGUUUGGUGAAGGUACCUAUCUAACCAGUGAUCUGAGCCUGGCUCUGCUGUACAGCCCUCACGGGCUUGGUUGGCAGCGGAGUGUUUUGGGCUCUAUCCUUAGCUGCGUUGCUGUUUGUGAGAUCAUUGACCACCCAGAUGUAAAAUGUCAGGUGAAGAAGAAAGACCUCUUCUCUUCCCAUGCAGAUUCAGAAGAAAUAGACAGGAAAAGAGCAAGAGUAAAAAACAGUGAAGGGGGUGAUGUACCACAGAAAUACUUCGUUGUCACAAACAAUCAGCUUUUACGAGUUAAAUACUUACUACUAUAUUCACAGAAACAGCAUAGGAGGCCCUCUAGUCAAUCCUCCUGGUUUUCCACCCACCGUUUUGCUGUAAUGAUGAUGCUGUACCUACUGCUGCUAAUGGUGAUAGGGGCCAGCAAUUCUCCAGCCUUCCUCUACUACUGGCACAGAAUGUUUGACUAGGAAGGAUGAAUUGCCUGGAAUGAUGAACUGUUAUUUUCACCAUGUGCCUUAAUAAUAGCAAAUCUGCUAUGUCCUGCAUCUGUUAAAGAGCUCUGGAAAUGAAGAUGCCUGGAGCUUUCCUGUUCUCUCCCCACUAAAUUAUCCUCAUGGCAUCUUUCCAUUUAUUUUUAUUUCUGUGUUCCCGUGAUUUAUGAGGACGCCCAGUACAGCUGAAAAGGGUCGUGAUGGUGCAGUCUAGCAUGAACCCAUUGUUAAGAGUCUGGGGGGGGGGGAUUAUUUAAAAUGAAUGAAAGUUUAACAUGACUAUUUUCUGUCAAAUUGAGGAAGUAAUAUUUGCAUGCAGUAUGUCAGAGAAGGUUACCUGUAGCAGGUCUUACCAGUUUGUUUUCAGAAACUGUAGUUAGUGAUGUUUCUCCUGUACUAAUGUGGAUGGUCACUUUUAAGACUGACUUUGUUUUUGGUCAGGACUUUUUAUAUUUGAGCGUAAAGAGAAAAACAGCAGGAAAUAGCAAUCAAACUGGGAUAAAUUAAACGUUUUUUAGUCAAGGUUUUUUGUUUUUGUUUUUUUAAUAUAUAUAAAAUCCACAUGGUUUGUGCUCUCAGUUAUGACUUGCCUUGUUCUUACUGUAUAUAUCAGGCUGGAAUAACAGCUUAGCAUCAAUACUAAAUAAGGGUUUUCCUGUUAAACUGCCUUCCACUUGUAUCUUCUGUGCCAACAAGGGGGAGGGUGAAGAUUUCCAUUUACACUGACAGCUGGCAGGCUUUUUAGGGUUGGUGUUGCUUGUUUUUUGGGGAUCUACUUCAACAUUUGUACCCAUAUUGAAUCAUUUUCUGCCUCUUUACAAACAGAUAGGCUAGCUAGCAGUAACAUAGAAAACUGUUUCAGGAAAUAGUUUGUAAGAAAUGGAAUAAGAUGGCAGCAAAGCUGGCAGGGAUUUAUUUUGUAUCCAUGAACAUUCUUAGUACAAUUAGCUCUGUGUAGACUUCACCUCUAUGUGACAGCUUGUGCCCAAUACUACACAUUUGUAAGACAGAUUGUCCACAUUAAGUUUUCAGAAGUUCAGUUUUUCAUGGUGGGAAUUACAGCAGUUGCACUCUUUGUGAGGUGCUUUGACUUAACGCUGGUGUGUAAAGCCUCAGUACAUCUCAGAAUAGUCUUUUCUAAUCUUGAAGUAGGGAAUUCUGACUGUAUUUCAUGAGGUUGUUUGAAAAUAAGUGAACAGGGCAUGCGUGAGUUCAUUGUAGAGCAUAAAGAAGGAAACAUCCUCCCC